AAUCUCUCACUCUGUGCAUUGACACGACAACGCUUUCAAAAAGAUCAUAAAAUCAAAUGAAAAACAGCUCUACUUUAUACGCGUUCUCUUUCUCACACCUCUCCAAACCCUAGCUUUCUCUCUCCGCGUUUUCCUUCAUUUUCAAUAAUCUGCUGCCGAUUCAAUAUUUUCACGCAAAUAUUGGUUUAUCCAUGUAUAUAUAGCUGCGAGGGUAAAUAUGGAUGGUAAGAUGAAAGUGGAUCCUGAGUUGACGACUGAGUCUAGCUGGAGAUCCGGUGGAGGAGAUGAGUUUUUCUUUGGAAACGACAAGGAGACUAGUAUACUCGGUGAGUUCGGGUGGAAUUUUCCGGCAGAAUCUAACUAUGGUUUCGGAGAUUCAGAUCAGAUAGACUCCAAUCUUGGUGGAGAUAGCAUAAGUAAUUACGCUAAAGUUUCCGCUCCUCAGAUAACUAUUACUGAACAGACGGCGGUGGAGGAAAAAGUGGAGGCAUCGGUGUCUUCGAGCUCGUCGGAGGAUCUGCCCGAGAAGUCGACGGCAUCUGGUGGCCCCUCCGCCAAGCCGCCGGCGGAAACAGCGAGCAAGGCUAGAAAAAAGGGACAAAAGCGAAUUCGUCUGCCACGUUUUGCAUUUGUUACUAAAAGUGAAGUUGAUCAUCUAGAAGAUGGUUACAGAUGGCGCAAAUAUGGACAGAAAGCUGUAAAAAACAGUCCAUUUCCAAGGAGCUAUUACCGGUGUACAAAUAGCAAAUGCACAGUUAAGAAAAGAGUCGAACGUUCGUCCGACGAUCCAUCUGUAGUGAUAACAACAUACGAAGGGCAGCACUGUCACCUUUCAGUUGCGUAUCCUAGAGGUGGACUUAUUUCUCAGGAUCAGGCUGUAUUUGCCAGCAGGUUGACCCAUUCCAUUCAUCACCCUGCAGGAUUCCAAUACUCUCAAGAAAACUCACUCCACGUUGCACGAUCACAGCAUGUCCCAGCAGCUGCGGGCGAGAUUGGAGAAUCUGAUGAAGUGAAAGUGCCAAUAAGUUCACGAACCCAACUGGACCAAGGACUGCUUGGGGAUAUUGUGCCAUCUGGAAUGCGAAAUGUAUAAAAUUUGAGGGAAAGCUCGGAUUGAUGGAGGAUGGAAUAGCAUGAGCCAUGGCCACGGGAGCUAGGCGACGGCUGCCCAAUGCAUAUGAGCAAUCAGGCCGCUCCAUGUAGGGAAUUGUGCACGCUCGGCAGCAGCCGCCCACAUACUUGGGACGGUCGUCUCUUGUUCGUGCCUAUUCCUGCUGAUUUCGGCUUUGUCCAUCUCUUUUCACUCCAAAUUGGUCGUGUUAACUGUAAAUUUUAAGUGUGGCGACUCUUGUAUAGGAUGCAACUCUUUGAAAUGGUUGUAUUAACAUAUAUAACUAUAAAUUGAUGUUUAGAUUUAGAGAUAUAUGAAAAUUCACCAUUGUUAUA